AGAUCCUGGUUUCGAGUCCUAGCGGUUGGCGCAUACUGAUGAAGAGUUCCAAACUAGGACGAAGUAGCUGUCAAGUACUCCCAGGUUUUCCAGUGGUUCCCUAAGUGAUGUCAGCUCAUGAUGAAAUCUUCCAUCCAAUCAAACAAAAUCCCUACGAAAUCAAUAAUUGAAAGUUCUUAUUAUUUCUCUAUUCCUUUGCAUACCGAGCGAGACACAGGGUUCAAAACCUUCAGCUCUGAAGUUUCAGUAGGGGUAAAUUUACUUACUAUUAUUAAUAUUUUUUCCUCUUUUCCGGGUUUACUGCAUACCGUGAAUAAACAAGGCGACGUUUGGAAGUUCGUCGGUCGAGUAUCAAACGUGGGUUUUGUCAUCGCGUUAAAUCGCAAAUUACUCAGAGCUUCAGUUGUGCAAAGAUCUGGACUAAGUUCCUCUGAACAGAUAAAUCUUGUCCUGUGUGUAGUUAUGAAGGAGGUAAUCACCGAUGAUGAUACAUCAAUAUCAGAAGAGUAAUAAUUUGUGUUUUCUAGAAUCCAGCUGUUGACAGUCAAACACAUUCUUUACUCCACAAACAAUAUGAAACUUGAAAUAAUAGAGACAAUCUGUAGACGCAGUGGGGGUUGGAUUAUUUCUUCAUA